AUGACGCGCUCCAACGUUUCUGCGGAAGCUGCCCAGCCCUCACAAACCGAUCCUGAGCUCAAGCGCAACUUGUCUCCCGUUCGAAAGCUUGGCCAGACCGCCGCUCAAUGUUUCCGUAAGAUGUCGCUGAACGCGAUGUCACUCCCACCAUGGACCCUGAUCACAGCCACUUGCAGACUACUGUUCCACCUGUUUUCGCACCGCCUCCUGGAGUACUUUGACACGUACGGAGAGACGUUCAGCCACCUCCUAAAGAGGCCAGACAGGGGUCCCGCCGCACGGUCAGACAGGCUGAGCCUCCUCGAAGAGCUGACGCCUGCGCAGCUCGAGUCCCUAUCGGCGCCCCAGCUUGCCAAACUCCUGCAGCAGCGGGGUCACGCGAACAAGCAGGCGAUCACUGACCGGUUCGGCGUCCUUGGCCUAUCUGCCUCUGGGAGGCCUUUCCUGAAGAGCGAGACCCAGGAGUGCAAACAGACAUUGUGCCCGGCCUGUGGAAAAGGCAUGAUGGGCGAGGAAGUGUCCUACGUUGACCUAGACGGCAUCCUCAGGGGCGAUAUCCCGCCGACGGUCGCGCUCGGCUAUGGUUUCCGCAAGAGUGGCCGCCCGGUUGCUGAUGUAAGCGUUGCCCGCAAUAUCGGACUGCGCAGGCUCCCAGAGAAGAGCGCCCAGGCCGUCCAGACUCCUCAGGGUGGCCAGAAAGUGCAGGGCGAGGGCAAAAAGGCCGAGGAGUGCAGUGUGCCAGACCUUAAAGACGAUGACGAGGCCGGCUUCAACAACUCGACCUAUCCCCUGACACCUUCCAACACUUUCCUCAACAUGUCCGAUAGCAGCGAGGAUCUCCUGGAGCUCUACACGGACGGGUCCUCGGUGGAGGUCUCCCAGGAUAAUUCGAAGGCGCAGGACAAAGCUUCCGGCGAGAAAUGAACGGUUUCGUCAUGCUUUUCAAGGGGCUGCCGCGUGAAUGAGCCCACCACAACUUGGGUUGCGAAGCCGGCCAGCUCUUUUGUUUUGCGAGCUGUUACGAAGGGAGGUAGUGGCAGAAGGGGAGAAAGGGUCACGGGUUCUUGUCAGCGGAUUGGGUGCCUUGGCUAGGUAACACGGGAGAAGCUCGUGACAAAGACCGGGACUCGGUCGAGCCAAGGGUGGAGGAGAGCCUCUCUCUCGAGUGUGCCCUUGCCCAAGGAUUGGGGAUGUUCCUUGGCCGACUUGAUAGACUACAUGCUGGGCAUCUCUGUUGAGACGUCAGAAGAAAAUGCGAGACAAUGUGACACCGUUCCCCAGAUAUCUUCUGCG